AUGGAUUCGCUUACCACCCAUCCGUCGAAUGCUCAGCAGGCAAAGGCCUUUACAUCACCAGCAUCGCUCUCCUUUCCUGGGGGUGCCGGAGAUUUGACCCCACCGUCUUCAGAGAAAGAAGGCAUUUUGGCUGGGUUGAAUGGUCAGCAGCAAGGAGUGAAUGCCAACGGCAAUGGGGUGACACCCGCGACUCCGGCUGCGACUCCAGGUGCGAGCAAUGUUGGGAGUGGCAUUGUGCCUACUUUGCAAAACAUCGUCGCAACUGUCAACCUUGACUGUCGCUUGGAUCUGAAGACCAUCGCGCUCCAUGCUCGAAAUGCAGAGUACAAUCCAAAGCGUUUUGCGGCCGUGAUUAUGCGUAUUCGUGAGCCGAAAACUACUGCUUUGAUCUUUGCGUCCGGCAAGAUGGUGGUUACUGGUGCCAAAUCCGAGGAUGACUCUAAACUCGCGUCGCGGAAAUACGCUCGUAUUAUUCAGAAGCUUGGUUUUAAUGCGAAGUUCACCGACUUCAAGAUUCAGAACAUCGUCGGCUCCUGUGACAUCAAGUUUCCCAUUCGUUUGGAAGGACUUGCCUCGCGCCAUCACAACUUUAGCUCGUAUGAACCUGAGCUCUUCCCGGGUCUCAUCUAUCGUAUGAUGAAACCAAAGAUUGUCCUUCUGAUCUUCGUCAGCGGCAAGAUCGUGCUCACUGGUGCUAAAGUCCGAGAGGAGAUCUAUCAAGCUUUUGAACUGAUCUACCCCGUGCUUUCUGGUAUGGCCACUAAAAUCCAUAUGUUUUCAUGCAUCUGCUGA